UUUAAAAGCCAAGCCUUUACACUCUGUCCUUCACACAUUUGGAUCCCAUUCUGGUGACAACACACUCCAAACCGCCGCGACGGAGAUUUAUAUGUUUUAAACUCAUUGUUUCCAUUUUAUUCUUUUUCAAACUGUACGUUUUAUAGGCUACACAGUGUUCUUAUAUAAAGUACAGGACCAGACCCUGACCGGGGACGCGCGGGGCUCUCUCACAGUCCUGUCCAUAUCUCACCGACGUUAUUUUCUCCUAAAUGUGUUGUUUCUUAAACACAGGAGCUCAGUCUCUUUAUGUUCUCGUUAUUUUCUGAAGGAGAAAAUUUGACCGGAUCUUAAACCAGAGGACUCAAGAUAUAGCAUGAUUCUUUGUGUACCAGGUCCCAGGACUCCUCUUCCCACUGCUCCGUCCACUGAAGCCCCACGGGGCAUGCGGACAGGAACUGUACCUCCCACCCCUUGCCUUCAAAGCACCCCUCCGCUAUGGGACCCCACAAAGGACCUGCGGGCGAUCGCCAGCAACUUCUGCUAUCUAGAAAAUUCAGGAUGGUACUGGGGAGCUGUAACUGCAGCUCAGGCCCAUGCUGCACUACAAGAGGCAUCUGAAGGAGCUUUUCUGGUACGGGACAGCAGCCACCCUCUGUACAUGCUAACCCUCUCGGUCAGGACUGCACGCGGCCCCACUAGUAUACGCAUCCAGUACAGCGGCGCCCAGUUUCUGCUUGACUCCAGCUCCCCGGCCCGUCCCAGCCUGUCGUCCUUCCCCAACGUGCUCAGUCUGGUGCAACACUACAUGGGACCAGAGAGGAAAGCGGAGGAGGGGAAGGUGGAGGAAGAGGCUCCUACCAAACCCUCUCAGCAGACAAUUCAGGAGACAUCUGUGGUAUUAAAACUGAAGCGGGCCGUGUACAAGCCCCAAGGCCUCCCCUCUUUACAACACCUUACACGCCUUGUCAUAAACAGACACUCUGACUGCCCCGACCAGCUACCACUCCCAAGGCCUUUGCUGCGUUACAUACAGGACUAUCCCUUCAAGGUAUGAGGGGUCCCUCAAGUCCAUGUUGAUGACUUUGAGGAAAGAAACCGUCAAACAGGUCCUCUGUGUGCCUGUAAAUGACACCGCUGCUCCAGCAGUUGGAGGCCAGUCACAAAAAUACUGGACACAGGGUUGUGUUUUUGCUGACGAAAUAUGUACAAAUUCAGUUAAUGCUGACGUGCCUGGUUUCUGACUAUAUUUGUCGUGGACUGGGUGAUGAAGAGCCCCAGAAAAAGAUGACUUGUGAGCAAACCUCAGUACUGUACUCUCAUAUGUCAUGACGGAUGUGGAAAUGGUCCAUAUCUGUUAUACCCUCAUCUGUUCUGGAUGUACAUACUGUUCCUGAGAAGUACACUGAUUCCAUUGAGACAUCUUUUAUGCCAUUUUAUUUUUCUCAGUACAACAUUUUUUCUACCUUUUACAUGUGUACAUUUUUCUAUUAAAGUAACCAACUGGAGUCUAA